AGUUUGCUGCCUGGUUUAGCUGUCAGGGUUAGAGUGAGCGGAUGGAGUGAUCAGCAGCAGAUCUUUAACAACCUGUGGAUGAAAACCUGGACCUGGGUGAUCCUGUAAAAAAACACACAAAAAAAAAAAAAACACCGGGCGCCUGUUUGUGUCAUGCGUGGGCUGUGGCCGUGGGUUUUCUGGGCGCUGGCUGUGAGCAGGAACGUGGGAGCAAGCGGAGAGUUGACGGAGACUGAGGGACAUCUUCUGCAUGCUGAUGAGAGGAACUUUCUAAAGCAGGACUCCAUGAAACAAGAAGCCUUUGAGCAUCAGGAGCAGCUGGAGGCCCUGCCAGGCUCCACCUUUAACCUGAGGGUCCAGGUGAACGACAUGCUGAGUCAGCAGCCCCUGAGCCAGGCAGCGGUGGAGCUCUUCGUCAACCACACGUUGAACAGCACAGCCUUCAGUGAGCAGGACGGCAGCGUAAGGCUUCGCGUACCUUUCCACUCAGGGCUGCCCAUCACAGUUGUGGCCACUAAGCGAGGCUUCAUUUCUGCACUGCUGCCGUGUAAAACCAGCAGAAUACCGAUCUUUUCAUCAGUAACCAUACCCCUGCUGCGUCUCAAUCAAGGAAACAUCUGGCUCUUUGAGGAUUCGGUUCUGCUCACCGGCAGAACAGCUGCUGCCGGUUCCCAGCCCACAGUCAGGUUUCCCCAGAGCCUCUUGAACCUGACGCACAGCAGGAACGUGAGUUCUGUUAGAGCCUACCUGACGGUUCCCAAACUGGGCCCACAACAGGACGGCUCUCUGAACACUCUGGGCAUCAUGAGCAGCCAAUCAGGAUACGUGAGCGUGGAGUUGAGUCCAGUGGCAGCCAUCAGCGUCCAGCUCUUCUCUGGAGACACGGAGCUGCAGGUGAGCGGGCCGAUCCAGAUCAGCCUCAAUGUUCCUGAGAGCUGUGGGCUCCAGGCUCCAGACGUUGUUCCGGCCUGGUUCUUUAACAGGACUACCGGUGGAUGGAUGAGGAAAGGACUCGGAAAGAUGACACUGGUAGCUGGAAAACUGAUGUGGACUUUCACCGCUCCUCACCUGGGCUACUGGAUCGCAGGACCUUUGACCUCCACCAGAGGUUUCUUUGGAUUUCACAUCCUCGUGGACGUGAUUUCACAACAUUCAUUUUUCCUGAUGGUUUUUGCUGGAGGAACAUUUGUUGUGAUCAUCUGUCUUCUGACUGGACUCUUAUGUCACUGCAGGAGGAAGUUCAGUGAAGAUAAAGCCAGACAGACGUCAGCGGUGCUGAGAAGAGACCAGACGACCUCCACAAACCACGACGAGGAGUCUGAAACAUCUUGGUCUUUACAGCGGAACCAGCAUCAGAACCAGAGCAACGGCUCCUUCAUCACAGUGAAGAGCAGUGAGGUGAUCGCCAACCCCAGCGCUCUGGUGGCUCCGUUGGAGCACAGCGGACCGGACUUCAUCGCUGUGACCUCAGAACCAAACCGAGCUCCUGCAUCCCUCCCCGACGGUCUGUUCUUCUACAACCAACCUGUGGCCAUCCUUCCUGCUCCGGCUUUUUUCCACCUGGAGGAGCAUCCGGAGCAGGCCGAGUGGAGCAGGUCUGCCACGCUGCCACGGGUCGGCGCUUCAAACGGAGCCGCCGCCGAGCCUCCGAGGAAAGAGAGCUUCACCCAGACUCUCCACACCGAGGACCAGCUCCAAAGUUCUGAGGGCUCCCAGGGACCAGCCACCACGUCCAGGGUGCCCUUCAACCUCCCGGAGUCGGCGUCGGUACCAGGAACGCUGAAUAAACGGGCCGGCAGCAGACAUUCUGUCCACGCCGUCACAGGUUUAUCUAAAAUCCCCUCCCCUCAGCCUCCCCGGGCCUGGUUCGUCUCCCUGGAGGGAAAACCCGCCGCAGAGAUCCGGUACGCCGUGUCGGAGCAGCAGAGGAGACGGAGGCCCAUAGAGAGCCGAGAAACCAGUUUGGACUCCGGGGUGGACCUGAGCGAACUGAAUCAGACGACUGGGAAGAGGCCGGUGACUCUGGAGAGAACCACUACGUUCAUUAAAAGCCCGUCCAGCAGCAAACACACGCCUCAGGAGUAAAAGCAUUUAUUUAGCAGCUUCAGAGGUAACUUACAGAUGUAACGUUCCACUGGGGGCGGACCACAGAGCAGAGAGACUCAGAUCACGCCUCCUUUAAAGCACCUAACAGACGGGGCAGCCAUAAUAAUUUCUCAUCCAUUAUCUUACAAACAGUCGGUCUCUAACCUUUGUUUUUGAGGAUAUCUUUGUAUGUCAUUUGUUUCAAGAUUUCAAGUUAUCUGUAAUAUAUCAAGGGAACACUGCAUGGCGUUACAGUUAAACUCUCUUUACAGUGACAAUAAAAAUGGACGGCCCAGCUCACACUUUAAACCUUUGUCCAUGUUUUUCUUCCAGGAUGUCUAUUCUUGUCUGUAUCACAUGCUAAUUUGGCCAAAACAUAAAGAAAGGUUUAAUUUUUCACACUAAGAAAUGUAAUUUUAGAAAAAGGCAUUAGACUUUUUUUUAAACACUAUUGCUUUGGAGCAAGAAGAUCCUGGCUUCAAAUCCCAGCCUGGGCUUUUUCUGCAUGGAGUUGAAUGAUCUCCCCAUGAAAGCUCCAGUCGUCUCUGGGUACUCCUGCUUCCUCCCGCAGUCUUAAACAUGACUGUUUGAUUAAUUUAUUAAAAUAAAUUGCCUUUGGGUGUGCAUG